AACUAUUUAAGGUUACUCGAAUGCUUGGUUUGUGGCGCUUGUUUUGUUUUAGUGGACUCACUUCUGUAUGUUUAGCUUUUACUAGCCCACAUAGAACAUCUCCGUUUUGAAGAUGCUUUAGUGCCUGAAGAAUCAAUCCGCGGAGCGACACGAAGUGUAAAGCAACCGGAAAAGCUGAAUGGUCAAGAUGGUGGUUAUAGAACUGGGAGCCCUGAGCAAUUGCAUGAAUUAAAAUAACUGUAGGAGUUAAAAGAAAAUAUAGGCCCUCUGGGGCCCACAUUUUGGCGACAAAGGAUUGAUAUGCCACUGAAGAAAGAGGAAAUCAUUUUACAAAUUAGCAUCUGAGCACGACAUGGAGCCGGGGUCCGAUGACUUCCUGCCGCCGCCAGAGUGCCCAGUGUUCGAACCUACGUGGGCCGAAUUUCGAGACCCGCUUGGCUACAUCGCGAAAAUCAGGCCCAUUGCAGAGAAGUCGGGUAUUUGCAAGAUCCGCCCACCCGUGGACUGGCAACCUCCCUUUGCAGUAGAAGUUGACAACUUCAGAUUCACACCUCGCAUUCAGAGACUAAAUGAACUGGAGGCUCAGACCAGAGUAAAACUGAACUAUUUGGACCAGAUUGCAAAAUUCUGGGAAAUCCAAGGUUCUUCAUUAAAAAUUCCCAAUGUGGAACGGAGGAUAUUGGAUCUCUACAGCCUUAGUAAGGCAGGAAAGCAGACAACAGAGAGCCUGCCAGCAUUUCUUCACAAAUCGUUUUGUCUUGGAACAACUGACGUUGGGGGGCAGUGCACGAUUGUGAUGGAAGAAGGUGGCUAUGAAGCUAUCUGCAAGGACCGUCGUUGGGCCCGAGUUGCCCAACGACUCAACUACCCACCAGGCAAAAAUAUUGGUUCCCUGCUACGAUCUCAUUAUGAGCGAAUCAUUUAUCCCUAUGAAAUGUUUCAGUCUGGAGCCAACCUUGUGCAGUGUAACACUCACCCAUUUGACAAUGAGGAAAAAGACAAGGAAUACAAACCCCACAGCAUUCCCUUAAGACAGUCUGUGCAGCCUUCCAAGUUCAGUAGUUAUAGUCGGCGGGCAAAAAGACUACAGCCUGAUCCAGAACCUACAGAGGAAGACAUUGAGAAGAAUCCAGAGCUGAAGAAGCUGCAGAUCUAUGGGGCUGGUCCCAAGAUGAUGGGCUUGGGGCUCAUGGCCAAGGAUAAGACUUUACGGAAGAAAGAUUUGUUUCUAACUGCCCUAGAUAAAGAAGGUGUUGUAUGCCCCCGCACUGUUCUGAUGAAGGAGGAACCAAGAGAGGAUGGGAGAGUGAUGUCCCCAUUGCCCAGAGAGGACUUGAAUCACAGUGUAGAGCCCUGCACUAAGAUGACCAUGCAACUGAGGAGGAAUCACAGUAGUGCCCAGUUUAUUGACUCAUAUGUUUGUCGAAUAUGCUCCCGAGGGGAUGAAGAUGAUAAACUACUUCUGUGUGUUGGCUGCGAUGACAAUUACCACAUCUUCUGCCUAAUACCACCCCUUCUUGAAAUCCCUAGAGGGGUCUGGAGAUGCCCAAAGUGUAUCAUGGAGGAGUGUAAGAGGCCCCCUGAAGCCUUUGGCUUUGAGCAGGCUACCCAGGAGUACACUUUGCAGAGCUUUGGUGAAAUGGCUGAUUCCUUCAAGACUGACUACUUCAACAUGCCUGUACAUAUGGUACCUACAGAACUUGUGGAGAAGGAAUUCUGGAGACUGGUGAGCAGCAUUGAGGAGGAUGUCACAGUUGAGUAUGGAGCAGACAUUCAUUCCAAAGAAUUUGGCAGUGGUUUUCCUGUCAGCAGUAGCAAAGGGAACCUGUCCCCCGAGGAAGAGGAAUAUGCAACCAGUGGUUGGAAUCUGAAUGUAAUGCCAGUGCUGGAUCAGUCUGUUCUGUGCCACAUCAAUGCAGACAUCUCAGGCAUGAAGAUUCCCUGGCUGUAUGUAGGCAUGGUAUUCUCAGCAUUUUGUUGGCAUAUUGAGGAUCACUGGAGUUAUUCUAUUAAUUAUCUACACUGGGGUGAACCAAAAACCUGGUAUGGGGUACCCUCAUUGGCAGCAGAGCAGUUGGAGGAGGUGAUGAAGAGGCUGACACCUGAGUUGUUUGAUAGCCAGCCUGACCUGCUACACCAGCUUGUCACCCUCAUGAAUCCCAACACGCUCAUGUCCCAUGGUGUACCAGUUGUCCGUACAAACCAAUGUGCAGGAGAAUUUGUCAUCACAUUUCCUCGUGCUUAUCACAGUGGCUUUAACCAAGGCUAUAAUUUUGCUGAGGCUGUCAACUUUUGCACUGCUGACUGGCUACCUGCUGGACGCCAGUGCAUUGAACACUACCGCCGGCUCCGGCGCUACUGUGUUUUCUCCCAUGAGGAGCUCAUCUGCAAGAUGGCUGCCUUUCCAGAGAAGUUGGAUCUGAAUUUGGCUGUGGCUGUGCAUAAGGAGAUGUUCAUUAUGGUGCAAGAGGAGCGACGUUUACGAAAAGCUCUAUUGGAGAAGGGCAUCACGGAGGCUGAACGAGAGGCUUUUGAGCUGCUCCCAGAUGAUGAGCGCCAGUGCAUGAAGUGCAAGACAACGUGUUUCCUAUCAGCUCUGGCGUGCUAUGACUGCCCAGAUGGCCUAGUCUGCCUUUCCCACAUCAAUGACCUCUGCAAGUGCUCAAGUAGUCGGCAGUAUCUGCGGUAUCGGUACACCUUGGAUGAGCUUCCUGCCAUGCUACAUAAGCUAAAGAUUCGGGCUGAAUCCUUUGACACCUGGGCCAACAAAGUACGAGUGGCCUUGGAGGUGGAGGAUGGCCGUAAGCGCAGCUUUGAAGAGCUAAGGGCACUGGAGUCUGAGGCUCGUGAGAGGAGAUUUCCUAACAGUGACCUACUUCAGCGACUGAGGAACUGCCUAAAUGAAGCAGAGGCUUGUGUCUCCCAAGUCCUGGGGCUGGUCAGUGGUCAAGAGGCCAGGAUUGAAACUCCACAACUGACCCUGACUGAGUUGCGAGUUCUUCUUGAGCAGAUGGGCAGCCUUCCAUGUGCCAUGCAUCAAAUUGGGGAUGUCAAGGAUGUUUUGGAACAGGUGGAGGCCUACCAAAUUGAGGCCCGGGAGGCUCUGGCCUCACUGCCCCCCAGUGUAGGGCUAUUGCGGUCCUUGUUGGAGAAGGGGCAGCAGCUGGGCGUAGAGGUACCUGAAGCCCAUCAGCUCCAGCAACAGGUGGAGCAGGCGCGAUGGCUAGAUGAGGUGAAGCAAGCACUGGCUCCUUCAGCUCAAAGGGGCUCUCUGGUUAUCAUGCAGGGGCUCUUGGUUACAGGUGCUAAGAUAGCUUCCAGUCCUUCUGUGGACAAGGCCCGGGCUGAGCUUCAGGAGCUGCUGACCAUUGCAGAGCGCUGGGAAGAAAAGGCCCAUUUCUGCCUGGAGGCCAGGCAGAAGCAUCCACCAGCUAUAUUGGAAGCCAUAAUCCGUGAGGCAGAAAAUAUCCCAGUUCACCUGCCUAACAUCCAAGCACUCAAAGACGCUCUGGCUAAAGCACAUGCUUGGAUUGCUGAUGUGGAUGAGAUUCAAAAUGGUGACCACUAUCCCUGUUUGGAUGACUUGGAAGGCCUGGUGGCUGUAGGCCGGGACCUACCUGUAGGCUUGGAAGAGCUGAGACAGUUAGAGCUGCAGGUUCUGACAGCACAUUCGUGGAGGGAGAAGGCUUCAAAGACUUUCCUCAAGAAGAAUUCAUGCUAUGCCCUGCUGGAGGUACUUUGCCCAUGUACAGAUGCUGGCUCAGACACCAGCAAGCGUAGCCGGUGGAUAGAGAAGGAGUUGGGCUUGUACAGAUCUGACACAGAGUUGCUUGGACUGUCUGCACAGGACCUCAGGGAUCCAGGCUCUGUGAUUGUGGCCUUCAAGGAGGGGGAGCAGAAGGAGAAGGAGGGUAUCCUGCAGCUGCGUCGCAUGAACUCCGCCAAACCCAGUCCGCUGGCAUCAUCGACCACAGUUUCUUCUGCAACCUCCAUCUGUGUUUGUGGGCAGGUGCCAGCUGGGGUGGGAGCUCUGCAGUGUGACCUCUGUCAGGACUGGUUCCAUGGGCAAUGUGUGUCAGUUCCCCGCCUCCUCAGCUCUUCAAGUCCUAGUUCCACCUCAUCACCACUGUUAGCCUGGUGGGAGUGGAACACCAAAUUUUUGUGUCCACUGUGCAUGCGUUCACGGCGCCCACGUCUGGAGACGAUCCUGGCCCUGCUGGUAGCCCUGCAGAGACUGCCAGUACGGCUGCCUGAGGGUGAAGCCCUACAGUGCCUCACAGAGAGAGCCAUUGUCUGGCAAGGCCGUGCCAGGCAGGCUCUAGCAUCUGAAGAUGUAACUGCUCUGUUGGGACAGCUGGCUGACCUUCGCCAGCAACUGCAGGAUGUAUCCACAUUGGACGAGCCCCUUACCUACCCUUCAACCCCUGCCUGUGACCCACAGAGAGAAGGCAGUGGCAACAAUAUGCCUAAGCAGGUCCCAGGGUUGGUGCCGAAUGUGGACAGUAUGGCUAGUCAUGGAAAGAUAGCUCCUCUUCAGGGCUCAGACCUGGAGGUAUUGUCCUCACUAUUGCCACAGUUGACUGGCCCUGUAUUAAACCUUCCUGAGGCAACCCGGGCCCCAUUGGAGGAGCUCAUGUUGGAGGGGGAUCUGCUUGAGGUGACUCUGGAUGAGAACCAUAGCAUCUGGCAGCUACUGCAGGCUGGACAACCUCCAGACAUUGACCGGAUCCGUACACUUCUAGAGCUGGAGAAGCCUGAGCAUCAAGGAAAUCGGACAAGAGGCCGGGCAUUGGAGAAGCGAAGGCGGCGGCAACAGCAGAAAAUAGAUCUGGGUAGGAAAAGUAAAGAAGAGCUGCAGUCAAAAAAGGCUCGAAACUCAGAGAUUAAGCCUGAUGAGGGCCAAGAAGAAGAGUUUGAAGAGGAAACAGAUACUGAAAAUAUUUUUCUGACAUCUACACAUCAUAGCCGCAUCUUCAAAGGGAACCAAAAUAGCUUCCAACAGAACAAUUCAGGUUCCGUAGCCUCUUUUCCUUCCUUAACCCCUUUGCUACACCAGCCCUACUCUCAACAGGAAGAGUUAUGACACCAAGUAGAAAAGGGUUUUUUUAAAGCCACUGCCUCUUGAACCUUUCUAGGUCAUGAACUUUGUUUCUUAUCUAGAAUUUGUCACUUCAGAGUUUUGAUAUCUUAUGUCUUAAAAGUGAUGUUUUGAGCUCAGUUCCUAAGGUCAGUGUCCUGUGUGCCUCUUCCCAGAAGUUUCUUGCCAGCAUUACUGGGACUACCACACAGUGAAUGAUUUCUCAAGCCAGUUUUGUUCUGCACUUAGGCAAAUAAAACUUGACAAAGGCAAAUCUCUCUUUAUUUCUCUUCCUUUUUUCUUAUAUUUUAAAAAAAUAUUUUGGUGCUUCAAGGCAACUUCUACAUUCUACCUCCUUUUCUCACCUUGGUUCACAUAAGAAAAGACAUUGUGUUAUGUAAUUACUUGUUAAAGCCAAAAAGAAUGGAAGAAAACAAGAAGUUCUUGGUUCAGGCUAUUGUCCAUUUUAAUUUUAUUCCCUUUGUUAAAAAUAAAACAGGAAUUGGUGUGUUUUAAAACUGUGGAUCUGAUUUGAACUUCUUUCAGUAUAACUGAAUGACUUAAGUUGGGAAACUUAAAAACCUCGUUUGAACUAUCUGUUAUACUUUUCUGGUGGGUGUGUGAAGAGUCAGUUUUAUAAUAUAUAACACUUAGAUCAAUAUCAUUUAGUCCCCUAUGGAUUCCAGUUGUUCACCACCAUUGGGGAGUUACUCAUUCUCCAUUGAAUCACUUUGUUAUUCCUUUGUUGAAAAUCUCUUGGCCAUACUUGUAUGUCUGUAAUGUUCUCUUCAUUAUUGACCUAUGUGUUUAUCUCUUUAUCAGAAUCCCAUUGUCCUAAUUACUGUUAACUUUUAGUAAGUAACUAACUUUCAUUAAGUCUUUUAAUAUGGUAGAAUGAUGAUUCUCUUUAUUCUGUUUCAUACGGUUUUAGGUAGCCUGGUACCAACCUUAUUUUCCUACAUGCAGUUCACUUUGCCUCCUGAAUUUGAUAGAGCUGAACUUGAACAAUUUAUUAUAUGUCUUACCUUUCCCUGUUCUCUUUGGUAAUAAAAUAUGAUAUGAUACAUUUGUUUUAAAAGUUCACAAAGAUGAAUAUGUAAAUAAGCAAGACUAGUACAAUAACUUUAGUUUACAUCUAUCUUUUUGUAUGUCUCAGGGAUCUAGUCAUACAUUCUACUUUUCUCAAUCCUUUUCAGUAAUCAGAUUCUGUGGACCUGGUUUGAAUCUCUUAAAUGAAUGCUCUGCUUUUUAUUUGUUUACCCAGCCAGGAUAGACCUAUUUCUCUAUAUAAAAUUUUUUUUUAAGAUUUUAUUUAUUUAGGAGAGAGAGAGAGCACAAGCAGGGGGAGCAGCAGAGGGAGAGGGAGAAGCAGGCUUCCUGCUGAGCAGGGAGCCCAGGACCCUGGGAUCACUGCCUAAGCUGAAGGCAAUUAACUGACUGAGCCACCCAGGCACCCAGUGUGUAUAAAAUUUCAUACCUAUAAUUUUUGUCACCAUCCUAGUUGUCUUCUCCCUCUUAUUUCCUGUCUUUAUUUUCCACACUAUCAGUUUAUCCUCAGGCAUAACUUUGUUGAUUACAAACAUAAUCAUAGCCUCCUACCCGUUUUAGUUUAUCUGUCAGAAAAAUAGCUUAUUGUAACAUAGCAAUCAGAUUAAAUAGAAAGUCUUCUGCUAUUUCAUCUACAUGUAAGAAUUAUUUUCUGAAGUUUUAUAGGUAUUGUUCUCCCACACAAAUGUGGUAGGUUUUUGAUUCUCAGCAUGCACUCUGAAAAUUUUUAUGAAUUCUCCAAAGGAGUAUCUUUUAAAUACAGCCUUUGUUCCCUGUAUUUGUUUUCCCAGAGUUUAUAUUUGCAUAUGAUCAUUUGAAAAUCACUGUGUAAUGGAAAAAACUAAUGUAGUGAAAGAAUUGAGACCUUGUGUCUACAAUAAUCUUCCUAAGUGCUCAGCCACAAAUUCCUCUCGUGUGGGUCAGGUGCAAUACAGGGACAAUUUUACAUCUUUCUCUGGACCACCUUUGUUUUACUUCAGGAGCAAGUUCUAACAUGAAACCAAAUACAAAGAUGCAUCAUUAAGUUUUGUAUGUAAGUGCUGAUGAUCCUGUGAUUGUAUGUUGAAUUAAAAAACAUCAAAUCUGUAGCAUAAAGUUAAUUUCCAAAGCCAUUUCAUGCUUUAUAAUAAUUCAGGGUAAUUUUUCUCUUGCAGGAAAAUUUUCAUGUUGAUUUUUAUGAAAAAAAAUGCAAUUGUAAUAAUACUUUACGAUUACUAAGCCGUCAAAGUCCUGUGUGGUAUAGCUUGUAGGCUACUUAGCUUCUGUUUCUGACAAAAAUUCAUGGAAGUAAUAAUAUUACUGUUCAUGAGAAUAAAGUUCAUUGAUAGUAUUGUUAUGACAAUAUAUGAUAGAUUGAAAU